CCUUCACUGUGCUUCCGCCAGGUGGAAAAGAAGACCGAGGAUGGAGGGGACUUGAUAGAUCGCAUUGCCAACCACCCCAUCCUGCAGCUCCUUAACCUGCGCCGGAGGUCUCGGCAGAACGGCCAGAACAACAAUAACCACCACAACAACCAGCACCAUCACCACCACAGCGGAAACAGUGGACACAGGUCAAGGACCCUCUCCAGUAAUGUCGUUGCUUCGACCUCCUCGGAUCCAAAGUUCCAGGUUGGCGUAUACACACCAAAAGGCCGACGACGAGACCGGGGCCGGGGAAAGACCCCCCAUCCAGCACGCAGUGUCUCUACCCACUACAUCACAGAGCACCGUGUCCGCCCCAUUGGCCUGUCCAAGAGUGAUGAUGAGAUUCUCAACCGUGCGUCAGAUUCUCUUGAUGAGGAUGACUACAUCGAGGAUUAUAUCGAAGGCCAGAAUGCCAAGGAACUGUCAGCUGAUCUUGAAACACUCCACAUGCACAGUGAUGACUACUUCAAAGAGGUAAAGAAGCAAAAGAAAAAUGCCAAGAAGGAGAAGAGUGAGUGGAAAGAACGAUCGGAGCUUAGCAAAUCUCAGGCCAUUCCACGGAAAUUGCCAUCGAAACCUCUGGAACUGCGGAGUCCACCUGGCACAGCUCCUCUCCCCAUUAAGUUCUGCAAGAAAACUCCCAUUGCAGAUAAAAGUCCCUCCAGUUGGUUUAGUCCACCAAGACAAAAGGACCUCAACCUCCCCAUCAAGAAGAGUUCGAGCAAAGAACACCUUGGCUUGAGUAGAAAUACACCUCCAUGUGAGAGCCACACAAGUCUCAAUGCCUCCAUGGAGGUCUUACUUGAUAGUUCAUCCCAGAGAGACAUCAAGUCAUGCUUUGUGUCUCCCCGGGUGAGUGUCAAGUACUCAAGCAUAGAAAGUGUUGUCACUGGAAGUACCAUGUCCAGCUUGGAGAGCCUGCGGAGUUCCAUGAGUGAUGGCAGCAAGAGCACUGCCAGCAAUGAAUCCGCUGUGAGCAGCUAUAAAAGUUCGUCCUUGGGGAGCGAUUCCUCCCUCAUGUCCCGUCCCUUCCUGAACCUGUGUGCCCCUCAUAGGUCACUCAUCCAAUCAGCCAAGUUCCAGAUCCUUUCGCCCAUUUCAGACAAAUCCCAGGAGCCGUCUUCAGAGAAUGGUGGGCUCUCUCAGAAGAGCUCACCACAGGACCUGGCUGAGUUCAAUUCUGCACUGGCCCGCCAGAAGACUCCGUUGCAGCCCCGGAACAUCCAGGAAGAUUUUCGCAACUUCCAUCACAUCCUGCCUGGCCCCCCCAGAGAGGGUGAUGUACAGGGCUCUGACAGCGGCAUCAGCAUUGAGUAUGGACUACACAAGAGCAAAAAGGAAGAUGUCCCCUUUAGUGACUUGCCCUUUGAUAUGCCAAAGCUUCGCCGACGAUUAGCUGCAGCCAAAGUUGGAAAGACCAGUUUGUCGAGUAGCAAUUCUUCGAUAUCUUCCAGUGGUGCCACAAGUGACGGGAAUCCACGAUUUAGUCUUCCGCCAAACUUCCAGCCCACAGUUAAUCCUGCCAUUUCAAGAUUACAGCUCUCUGAGGGCCAGAGUGGGACCUCCUCUUCCAAUUCAAGUGACUGGGAAACAAGAUCCUCUGCAGAGAGCAGUGACGACCAAGGUACACCGAAGCUGAGAAAUAAAGAUCUCUUCGGGGGGAAAGCAAAAUCGGGAUUAGCCUUGGACCUUGGGUGUGCGGCCAUGGCUAUCAAGGGAGAGAAAGUGGACACUAACCUUCCUCUGAUGAAGCAAGGAUGGUACCACGGUGCAUUAAACAGGACAGAGGCUGAAGAAACACUCAGGUCGUGUUCUGAAGGCAGUUACCUGGUGCGCUCACUUGAUGUGUCUAGACAUGAAUACUCUCUUGCUCUGAAGUCUGCUCGUGGCUUUAUGCACCUGAGGAUCCAGUUUGACUGCAAGACGGGCGGGUACAUGCUCGGCCGCGGCACUAAACAGUUCCCCACGGUGCCCCACAUGAUCCACCACCACAGCAUCUUCAGACUGCCCAUCAAAGGUGCUGAACACAUGGUCCUCCUUCAUCCCGUGAGUCACGAGACCCUAUAGUUGACGCGUGGAGGAACGCCUACUGUUGUUGGAAAGAUACCCGUGACCUUCUACCAUCUCCGAGAGAAAAAAAGAAGCUUCCAGUUUGUUUCCUAGUCGACCUUUUCCAAUCCCCCCAAACUCCUCCUCAGAAGCAUGAUUAUUCGAGGUCCUGUAGAAUUUGUUGGUUUGGUUGUAGGAUGUAGUCAGUGGUAAAAACCUUUGAAGUUGCACAAGAGUUGGUGAGUGUGUCUGAGGGACAAAGAAAAUUUAGUGUGCUACAAUAAGGUUUAGAUUACUGAUUACUUCAGUCUAUUUCAUUCCAUAUCCUGUUGCUAAUUUUUUGCUAGACUCUAUGAAUCUUCCAUGAUAUAUACUGCUAGUCGUUUUCCUAGUCAUUAUUCUAGAACAGUAUUCUUGUUUAUCCAAGAUCCUUUACCCCUGAAAAAGUUCUCUUGUGAACUCUUUACCUUGACCCUCAAACCAAGAUGAAGAAAAAAGAUUUAACACUUUUCACUUUAAAAGGUUGUUGUACAUUGAGAAUAGUUGCAAUACAUGAACACAAAGAUAUUCUCCAUCUCUCUCAGCCGUAACUCUAAAUAUUCCACAGCAAACAUUCCACCAUAAGUACUUAAUGGUUUAAUCUAGUACAAAAUACCUUUGAAUACUUUGGCUGUCCAAUAAUAACUUUGAUGGCUGAAAUUUCUUCUAAGUUAUGAGGGGACAGCUUAUAUUUUGUCCAUAUACAUUCCACAGUACAUGAUGUUGCUAUACUAUAGUUGCCUAAUAUAUUGAUAGUUUAGGGAUUUGCAAGGGGAACUGUAUCAUAAUUUUUUUCCUCUUUUUUUUUCCUUUUGAUAUGUACAUAUAUUCAGGUGUGAGUUGCGCAACAAAGAAGAGCGCAAAUGAGAUUUAGAUUCCAAGAGGCACAUGUUCGACAAAGAAUAUCUCUCAGGUUAGAACCAGGAUCAAGGAUUUGCUUGAAUGCGCAGGCAGCUUUUGUGCCAACACUUAGUUUUGACUCAAUAAGGUUGUCAUUGUUUUGGGGGAGAAUGAGAUCUCACAACCUGCUGCUUAAGAUUUGGCCUUAUUGUUAAAUGUACAUGGCAAACUACACUUCGUUUUGCCUGAUCAUUGCAUGUAAGUAACUGGAUUUGUAAUUUUUAACCUAUUUUUCUCACAAUGAAAUGCAUAGGGUGUUCACAAGACGUUUGUAGUGUAAUAAUCUCAGUUGAUGUACAGUAUUAAUAUGAGCAUUGCUGACUCUCUUCCAACGUUAGUGCCAAAGUUGUGAGUUCAGGGAAUAAAUAUGGUUUUGCAGUGAAAAUAAACAUUAUGUAUAAAAAUUUUUGUUAGGAAAUAAUAUGUAUAUAUUUCAUACCUUAAUACAUCACACAAGAAUUUAGUUCAGGUUGAUUACAAAUACUGAAUAGUUCUUUGAGUUAGGGAGGGUUGUAUAUUGAACCUUAUGCAUGGAACAUGUCUAUAUAUACUCCACAUGUAGUUACCGAAACCAUAGAUGGAUAUUUUGAUUUGUCUCAUAGAAUCCAAACAUUACAAAUUGUAUACCAUAUCAACGCUAGCCAGACUGCUAGGCUAGUGAGUCCCUACCAAAUGUAGCUCGAUCUUGUCAUGUCUUAAAGAUCACGAGGCAUCACUUGUGAAGGUGAUAGCUGCUAAUUAUAUCAAUGACAUCAGCAAAAUUUGUUAUAUGAAAUUGAAAAAAGACUGUAUGGUUGCCUGAAUUUGAAAAAAUAAGAAUUGCAUCCGAUGAAUGUAGAAACUGCGGUGUUUGUAGGACAAUCAGUAUGAUAUCCUUGUAUUGGGAAUAUUUGAAAAAAAGCCGUAGAAAUACGUAGCCCAUAUGAUUAUAUUUUAGCCUCUUAAGUGAAAAGAAAUACUAAAAAAAAAAAAAAAAAAAUCUUAAAAAAAAACUAAAAAUUAGAAAUAAUAUACAAGUAGUUCUAUCUAUGAUUAUGCUUCCAGUUAUUCAAAAUUAGCUGAAGUAUUGUACCGUAGUCCAGAGAUGCAAUAAACGAGCGUCCAUCCAUGUCUUCGCCGCUGCUAUCAUACAGUCGUGAUUAAUCCCUCCAUUCCCCAUCCCUCCUCCCAGUGUAGUCGCUGGUGGCCGAGAAUUUUGCUUGACAACUUUGCUGGGUAUCGGGAAAAAAAGCUCUCACUUCCAAGGCUGUAUUUUCUCCUUAACUGAUGUCUAAGUUUGAAGUUUUGAUGAUGAUUAUUAUAUUAUUAUCAUAAUUUUUCUUUUUUUUAGAUAUCUUUUAUUGUUUCUUGUAUUCUGGAAAGAUGAUUAUAUUUUUGUUUUGUUCUGAAGCUCUGUGGAGGUUAUUGUAAUUCUGAAUGAUUUCUUUGUGUCAGCAAGGUAAACAUUUCCAUUUUGGUGAUGUAAAGCUUUUUGAAAAUUAUAUAAAUGGUGUUUCUAUUAUUCAAUAUUAGAUCAGAUUUAUUCAAGGUGCAGCGUUAUUACUCAAACUGAUUUUCACACCCAUCAAAUCUCUUUCAUUUAAACCUUUAUCAACAGUAGUCCUAUGGAACUACCUCUUAAUAUACCCGGGCUUAGAAAGUUUGAUCAUUGGUGAUAAAAGGGCAAAGUUCUUCCUGCCAUUAGUAGGAUAUAGUAGUCGAGACCACGUUAAAAGGUCAGUGUUAAGCUCUAGUUAGAUAGAUAGUACCAAGUAGCGGCCAUCCAUAUGUUACGUUUCCACACUUCCUUCAUUUUCCUCUCCCUGGUGUAAUCCCCUUUUCCUUGUAAUCUGAAGUGGUGUAUUGGGCCUACAGUAGUAAUCCUGGUAAUCCAUUUCACACAACAAUAGAAAAUGGUUUCUGUAAAUGUCUCUUUUAUGUUAGUUUGUGGAGAAAAGAAGUGGGAAAGUCCCUCUUGAAUUUUUUUUUCUCGAUAUUAUCUUUAUUCUUUUUUUGCUCCAUCCUGUAGAACACUUGUUAGCUGGUAGUCAUUUAUCAAGGGACUCAUAAGCUCUUUGCAAUUACUAAUUGUUUUUUUCAUGGAUGAUUGCCUCAGAUUUCAUAGGAACCUCUUUCAGAGUUGCCAGAUGCCUUGUAUGCAUAGAUUUCCCUGAAAAUGAUGACACUGUAGUCCUGUUAAUGAAUAUGCUCACAAACAUUCACAAAUAUGUGUAGAUACACUCAAAUGCUCACACAUGUUGAGGUAUACUCUUAAAUACACACAGACCUGCAUCCACACCCUCACACCCACGCACACCCAUGCACACUCACACACACCUAUACCCCCCCACACACACACAGACACGCACAUGCACAUGCGCACACACACACACCCAUCCACCCACCUACACACCCACACACGUGCACGACACACACGCACACGCACACGCACACUCACAUGCGCAUGCACACACGCGCACAUGCACACACACAGGUUCACAGCUGCAGAAAUUUAAAGAAACAGAUACACAGAUUAAGAGAAAAAAGGCACAUUUGUUUAUUACAUAUAUUCAGGAAAAUGCACACAUGUACGCAUACACAGCCAUGCCCACCUACCCUCGCACCACAAACAAACACCUCUUUGUUGAGAGUAAACAGGCCAUUUCACUCGUCAUUGUUAACUGUGAAUUCCAAAGACCUAGAAGUAAGUGUUGGAUUUCCUGUUUUUAGAUUUCUCAUCUUUUUAAAAGUUAUCCAAUUUUUGGAGUAUUCUCCCUUCCCCCUAUUUGACUCUAUAGUGUUUGUAAUGUCAUCACAAAUGGGUGACAAGUUAUUCAAAGUCCCUUUUGCUUGACCAAAAUUUGGUCUUUCUCCUGUUUCACAUUUAUAGGUAUUAGUUUGAUAAUAAAAAAGGAUGAUUAUUCAAUGGCUGGAAUCACAUUUGACUGCAAAGACUCCACUCAAUGUGAAUUUCACAUCACCGAGGUUUCCUGAAUAAUGGUGUAAUCCGCCCAUAAUAGUAAUGGGAUAUUUUUAAAAAGAUUUUUACAGACAUAUUGAAACGGAUAAUAUUUUGAACUAAGCUCUUAUUUAUUUUUAUGCAUUUAAUAUCAUCAGAAGACUGAACUAUAUACUCUUACAGCUAAAUGCUCAGUGGAACUGGUCGUAGAAAACAAGUACACAAGAAGUGAGGUUUUGUUAAGGUAGCGUAUAUAAUAAAUAACUGUAAGGGAUGACCUAGCUUAAAAAAACUGUCAGUGCAAGAUAUAGUGUACGCGAUUCUCAGAGUAUUGUAGGCUGAAACAGUAGGCCCAGUGGCAGUGCGAGAGUAAUGAUGUAGAUCAGAAGUGCUUUUAAACAGCCGCUAUGAGGCUUAAAGAGAGUUUAGACUUUGAUUAGUUUUUUGAGAGAGAGUGUUAGUUACAGAGUAAUUGCAGUGUUGCUCAUAUCAGGAAACUAUAUUCUACUCACUUAUUUGAUGUUGUUAUUGAUUUGUUUUUUAUUAUUUAGAAGAAAAAAAAAAAAUUCUCCAUUGAGUAAUUUCAAGAUUUUGCAAAGGCAGCAUUCGUGUGCAGUUUUUUUUAGAUUUAUUUUCCAUUAAUAUUUGGGUAUUGCAUAUUGAGGUGCAUGUACUUAAAGGAAACCAGUUAUAUUUAUAAAUACAUUCCAUGGAUAUUAGAGUACAAUGGUUUCAUCAUGUUAAAGAAAACAAAACAAAAAUUAGAAAGAUGGUUGAGUGCUGUGUGUACAAGGUGGUUAUAAAGUACAUUGUAUACCAACAACAAUUUCAGUAUUAUCACAUUUACUCUUGAUUUGAAACAUAUAUUUUACAGUGAAUAAGAUAUUCUACAUACACAAGAAACAAAAGAAAGAAGCAGUUAAUAAUUGAAAAAGAAACCAUAUUUUGAUUUACUCAUCAAUGCCAAAGAGAUUAAUAAAUGGUCUUCUUUGUUUAGCCUUAGAGACUCAACACAAUGGAUCAUCCUUUGUGACCAAAACUUGAUUACAGACUUGUGUGCAAAGUAUCGUGUAUCUGUGUCUUCAUGUGAAUUAGCCAAGUAUGAGAUUCCCCCUUUUUUUGUGCGUCAUGUUGGUUUGCUGCUAGUCUUUUCUGGGAGAGAAUUUGUGCAAUCACAUUGAUUAUUUUGGCCGUCAGGAGAAAGGUGUAACUGUGAGUUUGGAGAAAGCAGUCAGCUGGCAGGUGUAAAUGUGGGUCUGUUUCAGUGGGACUGAGAUAUCCAUGGUGUUUUAUUCCAUAAAUGAGAUAAAUGAGUAUUAUUAGUAUUUUAAAAAUACUGUAUACUGAACACAAAGACAGUUUGAUUCUAUAGAGUUUGUGCUACAUUUAUAUUAAUUAACAAAUGAUUUAACUGGACAUAUAGGUAUAUGGUAAGGUGAGUUUUUGUGUGUAUUAAGCACUAAAUCAUCAAUAACUUUCAGAUAAUAUUGAUUCAGGAACUUCAGCAAAAUCAAUUUAUAAGGUUAAUGUGGAAAUCAUCUACCACAUAAAUUAGACUAUAUAUGAUUUCACUUAAAUUUUGAUAUAAGUUAGCUAACAGCCUGUCGUGAAGUAGUCCCAAUGAAAUAUUGAUAAAGAAUAUUCAGAAAUAUGAUGAAUGCCAUUAACAGCUGAUGCAGUAUAAUAAAAAUAAUGAUUAAAGAACGUCAAUUCUUUCAGAAGGUUGUACUGAGAAGGAGCAUAAACAUUUAUAAUUUUUUAUGAAAUGUUUAAUACAAUAUUUUGCUUUGGCAAGCAUCUUUGUAUUUUGCAAGUUCAAUUACCAGGGAGAAGUGUAAUGCAAUUUAGUGGUCAGAUAAUAUUUGUGUGCAUGUUUGUAUGUGUGAGACCCAAAUAUUGCCAAAAGGUUGUACAUAGUUUAGAUAUAUGAUAUUUAAAUGAAAUUAUUUGAGUUCUUUCCUUUUAGAGGGUAUUUUGUGUUAUACAUAUAAUAUGUUGUCAGAUACAUUACUCUUAUAAUAUUUUUGGCAGUUUAAACAUUUAGAAUAGUAUGUAUACAGUUGUAUGUAUAUAGUAGAGGAAAUAGGGCAGUUCAUCAUGUAAAUAUAGAUUAGGAAUAAUUUUCAUAAACAUAUCAGAGUAGGUGUCUGCAAUUUGGAUUACACAAAAGGUUUAAAACAUUCCGAAAACUGCAGUUGUGAGAGCUUAUAUUUGUCACUUUCUGCAACAACAAAAACAAAGGGUUGAGACUCUGUACUUCCUAAAUUAUAAAAAGAAAAAGAAAAAAAACAGACCCUCUGAUAAUUCAUUUGAGGAGAGUGUUAUAAAUUUUGCUUAUUCCAGACUCUUGGUUGAAGAGUUUCUUCGUAAAAGAAUUUAGCUUGAAAAACUGGUCGUGACACUUCUUUACAUAUUGUAUAAUUUGAACUAUUGCAAAGACACUUGAAGAAUGUUUCUGUCUGCACUAAACAAGGUAUUGCUGAAAGUCCUUUAUAUAUAUAUAUAUAUGUUCUCGAAGAAGUCGUUGGUUUGAAAAGUAAGAUUUAAAAGAAAGACCUAGUGGAUUCCAUAACAUUUUUUUUCCGAUAUGGACUUCCAGUUUCGACAGUUAUCCUCGAACAGUUACAGUAGUUUCAGUAACCAUUACUUUCCUCUAUGUAGCAUAAAGGAAUAGAAAAAAAGUUCAGUUUGUAAAGAAUGUUAGUAUUUUUUUUUUUUAUUGAAAGAGACAUGCCAAGUAUGUAAAGUGUCAGUGUCAGUUUGGAUGUAGGAGUAACAAUUUAUCCUAAAUUACAUUUUUUUUACCUUGUUUUUCCUUGUACUUGUUAACUCUUAAAAAUAAAUAGUUACAGAAUUUUGUCUUUCCUUACAAUAUCCCAAUAUUGUUAUUACUAGAGUUGUGUAUUUUCGAUAUGUAUCUUUUUAUUCUAUUUUUUUUAAUGAUAGCAUUUAUAAGUAAAAUGAGAUGUAUUAUUUUUGAUAAAAAGGAAGAGAGUGACUUGUUUCAAGAGCAAAAGUUGGAAGAGGAAUGCAGUAAAGAUUAUAUUCAGUAAUGAUUAUAAUGAUUAUACUAUCAAUUUAUGAUGAUCAUGUAUAUUACUAGCAAUAUUUAUUGAAGGCAUAGAUAUCAUAAAUACAUAUAAAGGAAUCCUCUGUUUUUUUUACCAUUCUUUAUUUUUAUGUCUUUGUAUUUAGACAAUUAGAACUUUAUACCUUUUAAAACUGUUUUGACAGGGGUAUCCCCAUUUUGGGUAUUUGAAAUCAUGCACCAGAUGACUGCACAAGAGAGGAGGCACAGGCAAAGCAAAUUAAGGUAAGCAAUGUCUUCUAUUCAACAUCUUUAAUGGAAAAGCAUUUUCUUGAGUGCUGUACAUAUGAGUUGCGAUUCUACCAUUUUAAUUGCAAUAGUGCUCACAGUUUGCAUUGUAGUACAAAUUUACUAUGUUAUGUAUAUAGACAUACGUAUAGGUAUACAUGUUGACAGAUAUUUAUAUAGACAUAGAUAUAUACAUACACCCAUAGAUAUUGAUACAGAUAUAGAGAGACAGGUAGGUAGUAGAUAGUUGUAGACACUUUAGCUGUAAAAUAUGAAAGCUAUAUUAUUAUAUCUAUACACACAUAAUGAUAUGUAUCAGUUGUCUAUUGACUUAUUGCCAUCAUUCUUACUUUUCUGCAUUCGGAUAAAAAUAAAGAAUAAAGAAACAAGCUAAACACUCGUAUAAUUUUAUAGACUACAACUAAUUUAAUCAGUUGCUAUGUUUUACAGGUCGUAUAUAAUUGGUAUCUAGCAGUGCACUGCAAAAAACACCAUAAUUAUCACUACGUCUAGUCUCUUUAGCCUCAAAUAAAACACAAUUGAACAUGAAUACAAUAACCCAUAUUGCUAUACAGACUUGGAGUGCCAUUUAUUGUGUAAAAAACACCAAACCUGAAACAGAAAUCUUUUAAUAAUUUGAUCUCAAACUUCCCUUUCAGAAUGUCUAUAAAGAAGUAUCUAUGGUCGAUUAUAUUAUUUUUGACAUGUGAUGUGAUUAUGUGAUAAAAAGGUCGUGAGCAAUGGACAGCGAAACCAGUAGCUUGACAUAACUGUUUUAUUUAUUUAUUUAUCAUUUCAUGUUAAAAAAAAUAAUAUAUAACCUUACAUGUUACACCAGUCUUUUGCUGAUGUUACAUAUAUUAUUGUGUUUGUUAUUCAUAAAUUACUAAAAGUGGUCCCUAAUUGUGGACUCCAGUUGUCUGGUGCUUUAGAGAAAAGGUGAAGGAAAAGCUUUACAUUUUAAUUUAUUUAUUUUCUUUCUUGCUUCUGUUUCUGUUAAUUUAUAUUACUUUCCGUUUCUGUUUCAUGAUUUUUUUUUUUUUUUUU